AAUCAGCGAUGCGGCCGGCUGCAGGUGUCCUGGACUUUGCAGCUCUAUCUUCUUUUUCCCAGUGGAGCCUCGCCUGCCCUAGGAGCAGCAGCAGAGAAGAGGGAGCAGUCCUGUGGCACACAGGCUUAAAGAAGUGAAAACAGCCAGUGUGGCAAUCAGAAGAUGGAAAACAAUAUAACAAUUUCUCGGGAGGAGCUGGAAGAAUUAAAGGAAGCAUUUAGUAAAAUAGAUAUUGACAAUAGCGGAUAUGUCAGUGAUUAUGAACUUCAAGAUCUUUUCAAAGAAGCAAGCCUUCCUUUACCUGGUUAUAAAGUCCGAGAAAUUGUAGAAAAAAUUAUAGCAGUGACAGAUAACAACAAGGAUGGCAAAAUCAACUUUGAAGAAUUUGUCUCAGUUAUUCAGGAACUGAAGAGUAAAGAUAUUAGCAAAUCAUUCCGAAAAUCCAUAAACAAAAAAAAGGGAAUUACUGCAAUUGGAGGAACAUCAGCAAUUUCUAGUGAAGGGACCCAGCAUUCUUACUCAGAGGAAGAAAAGGUUGCUUUUGUUAACUGGAUAAAUAAAGCUCUUCAAGACGACCCUGACUGCAAACAUCUUCUCCCUAUGAAUCCAUCAGAUGAUAGCCUUUUUAAGUCACUUGCUGAUGGUAUCCUCCUUUGCAAAAUGAUUAACUUAUCCCAACCAGAUACAAUUGAUGAGAGAGUUAUUAAUAAGAAGAAGCUUACCCCAUUCACUAUAUCUGAAAACUUAGAUCUUGCACUGAAUUCUGCAUCAGCUAUAGGUUGUACAGUAGUAAAUAUUGGAUCACAAGAUCUAAAGGAUGGCAAACCACAUUUGGUGUUAGGACUAUUGUGGCAAAUAAUUAAAGUCGGGCUUUUUGCUGAUAUAGAAAUCUCUAGAAAUGAAGCUCUUAUUGGUUUGCUAAACGAUGGAGAAGAAUUGGAACAAUUAAUGAAAUUGUCCCCAGAAGAACUCCUACUACGCUGGGUUAACUAUCAUCUGGAUAAUGCUGGAUGGAAGAAAAUAAGCAACUUUAGUCAAGACAUUAAGGACUCAAAGGCCUACUAUCAUCUACUCAAUCAAAUAGCACCCAAAGGAGUCAACAAUGGAGAGGCUGCCAUUGCCAUUGAUCUUUCAGGCCUUAGUGAGGAAAAUGACCUGAAGAGGGCUGAAUAUAUGCUACAACAAGCAGACAAACUAGGCUGCAAACAGUUUGUGACUCCUACUGAUGUGAUUGCAGGCAACCCUAAACUUAACAUGGCCUUUGUAGCAAACCUCUUUAACACCUACCCUGCCCUGCAAAAGCCUGAAAGCUCUUCAUAUGACAUCAAUUUAUUAGAAGGGGAAAGUAAGGAAGAACGCACAUUUAGAAACUGGAUGAAUUCAUUGGGUGUAACACCUUAUAUUAACCAUUUGUACAGUGACCUUGCGGAUGCUUUAGUAAUCUUUCAGCUGUAUGAAAUGAUCCGUGUACCGGUAGAAUGGAAUCAUGUUAACAAACCACCAUAUCCUGCUCAUGGGGGAAACAUGAAAAAGAUUGAAAAUUGCAACUAUGCAGUGGAACUGGGAAAGAAAAAGGCUAGAUUCUCAUUGGUUGGUAUUGGUGGACAGGACCUGAAUGAAGGCAACCCAACAUUGACCUUGGCAUUGGUUUGGCAGUUAAUGAGAAGAUACACAUUGAAUGUACUAUCAGACCUUGGAGAGGGGGAGAAAGUAAAUGAUGACAUAAUUAUUAAAUGGGUAAAUCAGACUCUUGCAAAUGCAGAUAAGACCACUUCAAUAAAUAGCUUCAAGGACAAAUCCAUAAGCACUAGUUUGCCUGUACUAGAUUUAAUAGAUGCCAUUGCACCAAAAGCAGUUCGUCCAGAAAUGGUCAAGAGGGAAAAUCUUACUGAAACAGACAAGCUGAAUAAUGCUAAAUAUGCUAUUUCAGUUGCUCGGAAAAUUGGUGCUUGUAUAUAUGCCCUGCCAGAUGACUUGGUAGAAGUGAAGCCAAAAAUGGUUAUGACAGUUUUCGCAUGUUUGAUGGGAAAAGGACUGAACAAAAUUAAAUGAAGAAGAUUUUUUUUUCAUAUUCUGCCAUGAUAAACACAAUGAAUGCCUCAUUGUUUACAGACUAACUACAUUUAUUAGCUGUAAAACAGAGAUAAUGUAUACAUAUACAAAUGUGGAGAUGUAUAGAGAGAUUAUUUAAAAAUAAUUGUUUAUAUUUAAGGUUUCAUCUGAAACAUUUUAUAUUGUAUCAGUAACUUGUGAGCUAAUAUUACUAAGAAUACCACAAUAAACAUAGGUAAAAUUACUAUGUUAAAUAGGCCUUUAAAAUAAAUAUGACACAUGCUGUUUUCUUAGUGCAAAAUUGAUCUGGAUUAAAAUGUUAUUUUAGGAACAGCUGUGAAAUGAUUUUCCCCCUGAGUUAUUAACAUGCAUUACUGCACAUGAAACGUUAUGGAAUUUGGUACUGUUCCAUUAAUUGGUUUAGCUGGUAAAUUAAUUAGUGAAAAUUUCAGUUGAUUAAUCUGAGAGGUGCUGUUUUAUUGUUUAGGGCAAGUUUCACUUGUUGGAGUUACAUGGUAAGGAAACUUGUUAACCUUUUAAGCUAUUUUAUUUCUGGUUACUAUUUUACUUGGAAAAUAAAAAUAAUUUUUAAAAGGAUGGCCAUUUUAACUGUAGCACACUUUGUCCCUUGGGUAUGAGUAUGAAAUGCAGGUUGUGACUUCCCCUAUUGGAAGACCCUGCAUAUUGUGGCACAGUUUCCACUCACCCAUCUACUGUUGGCCUUACUCAUGGUUAACAGCUAUGUCAGAAUCUUUGUUAAUCAUAACUGAUUUUAAUCAGAGCUUAGAAACUAUAGUUGGAAGCUGGCUUCACAUGGACCUGGCAAUGACAAUGAGCCUUAAUCAUGGAUGAGACUAGUAAAGGAGGGUGAAAGUAUGAAGGGAAUUUGCUCUGGAAAAGAUUGAGCAUGUGAUCAUUUGGUCCAUGUCCAGCCCCUUACCCAUGGUCAAAGAAUGGGAUGCGGUACAGUUAUGCUAGCCCAAGUGGUCGCUUUUGUUUAUUCAACUGUAAAUGUUUCUCAGAUAUCUGUAGAUUAUGAUAGUUGUGCAGGUUUUGUUAAUUCUUUUCUGUAUCCUCUUCAUGGUGGGCCAGGGUUGAGAGAUGCAGUGGUUUUAUCUUGCAUCAGUGCAACUUCAGUUCUGCUAGCAAUAGUGGUGCUCCUAUCAUAACUUCUUGCCUCUUAACCACUGAAUCUUGAACUCUGGAAAGAUAACUGAUUAAUAGUGAUUGCCACACUGGUAUUAUAGCCAGAGCCUGCUACUUAUUCAAAACAGUUAUUUUAAAUAUGAACAUCCUCUGUUGAGAUUUUGCUGUAGUUAUUUGUAAUAUCGAAUGACUGUUCACUAAGGGGGGAAAACCAACAUAUUAUGGUUUAUGGUCUAGAAUAAAACUAAAUAAGCACAAAUAUAACAAUGGCAAUAAUUUAUGUUUGUAAGCAAGCCUUGCAAUGAGGGUAAAUAUUUGAACUUCUAAACAUGUCAUAUUAAAAAGCAAUAAAGACAGAUGGUGAGUUCA